AUGGUGAAGAAGGUAGAGAAUAUGAUUCAGUCAUCUGAAAGGUCCAUGCCUCACCUUCCUUUGGAUGUCAUUAUUGGUAUACUCUCAAAACUGCCGUUCAAGUCUCUGUUUCAAUUCAGGCGGGUAUCCAAGUCAUGGCACACUUUAAUCUCCAGCUCUCACUUCCAUCAAUCAAUCACAAACGCCAAUAUUCAAAGACAAUAUAUGGUAAUGGUCAAUUUAGUCCCCCAUCCCGGUCUAUACACAGCAAGCCUUGGAUCAGCUGAUAAUGACACUCUAACAGCAGUUACAGCAGUAAAGAUUGACAUUGUUUUGGGUUAUUUUGAGUUAAAGCAUCAUGUCUGGACCAUUAUGAUUGGUUCUUGUAAUGGUUUGUUAUGCUUUUUGGCAGAAGAUGUCAUAUAUAUAUUCAAUCCCAUAACGAGCGAGUGCAAGAAAGUGCCAGAUCCGAAAUUUGGUGCUGCAGUAUAUGGAUUUGGCUAUGAUUGCACUGCUGAUGAUUACAAGUUGGUGUUGGGAAGAAAAAAUAAUCUCCAUCUAUAUUCACUGAGAAGUGAUUCUUGGAAAAAGAUUCAAGACUUCCCUUGCAGUUGUAGUAAUCAUUAUGAACUUUAUGGUGCACUUUGUGGAGCAUCGCUAAAUGAAGCCAUCCAUUGGUUUGGUAGACAGCCAACAGUAAUUGUUGCUUUUGGUUUUGCAGAUGAGAAAUUCUGUGAGAUAAGUGUGCCUACUUUUCCUAUGUUGGAAAUAGUGGCCUAG